CAGAGCAAAAAGACGGGUGUUUGUCAGGGGAUAUCUGGCCUCGACCCGCUUCAUCGCAUCCUUGGAUCCGAUCGAACCUGGCGUACUUCGCACAUCUAACAUGCCAGGAAUCCAGCUUCCACAGCGACGGCCGCGAGCCAUACUGUCCGACGACGAAGACUUGGACGAUGCGGACGAUGCGCAUUCACUUGUUUCGAGUGCGUCUUCUGCGAGCAAGCGAGCCCGUUUGACUAGGGGAGACGACACCCAGAUAUCGCGAGACAGUGUGCUGCCCGAAUCAUAUCGAACCAUGCCUCGAGCCUCUCCCGACAACUUUGCAAACGCAGAUGUGCCACAUGCGGAUGUCUACCAUCCAGGCUCAAUCGUACGCAUCAAGCUGACCAACUUUGUGACAUACACAUCGGCGGAAUUUCAUCUUGGUCCAAGCCUUAACAUGGUCAUCGGGCCGAACGGAACUGGCAAGAGUACUUUGGUCUGCGCGAUAUGCCUAGGACUGGGGUGGAGUCCGAACAACCUUGGAAGGGCGAAGGAGGUGGGCGAGUUCGUCAAGCAUGGGUCACCAGAAGGCGAAAUCGAGGUCGAGCUAUCUGCCGGCCCGGCCCAGAAAGGUGUCAACCCCAUAAUCCGGCGGCUGAUCAAGAAAGACGGAAACAAAUCUCACUGGUCCCUGAACGGCAAGAAUACGAACCAAACCAGCAUCAUGAACCUUGCCAAGUCCUUUUCCAUCCAGAUCGACAACCUCUGCCAGUUUCUGCCGCAAGAUCGAGUGGUGGAGUUUGCGCAGAUGCACCCGAUUGACAUGCUGGCAUCUACCCAGAAGGCGGCGGCCGAGCCGUAUAUGCUGGAAUGGCACAACGAGCUCAAGGAGCUGCGGACGAAGCAAAAGGACAUGCAAUCAUCGUCCCAAUCCAGUAAGGACACACUUGCCGACCUCAAGGUGCGGCAGAACCAGACGCGUGGUGAGGUGGACCGAUACCAAGAACGCGAGGCCCACAUGAAGAAGGCCAAACUGUACGAGAAAUUCCGGCCAGCGGUUAAAUACAACGACGCUCGUGCCAGAUACAAAGCCGCUAAAGCGCACUCUAAGGCUGCCGCCAAUGAUUUGAAGGAUUUGAAGCAGAGAGUGCAGCCAGCGCUCGAGGCGAUGAAAGAAAAGGAGGGUUAUGCCAAGGACAUCAAAACUGCCGUGGCCAAGAAGAAACGCGUGGUUCUCAAACAGGAGGAGCGAGCUACGAAGCUGUUUGGGGAGCAACAGAGCAUCCUUGACAAACUCACCAAGUGUGAGAACGAUAGGAAAGCAGCGAUUCAGUUAGAAAAGUCCCGCAAGCAGCAGCUUCAGAAGCACCAGGAAGAACUCAAGCGGCUCCGACGUGAUUACGACGAGCAUCCACCCGACUACAAUCUAGAACACUUCCAGGGCCCAUUGCGUGAGAAGCGUGACCGAAAAAGCGAAGUUGAUCGAAUGCUUCGAACCAUACGCGGAGAGUUGGAGGAGAUCGCAGGCAAAGCUCGACCAGAGCGCCAAAAGAUGCAGGCCUUGAACGACCGACUCAACGGCCUUAAAUCGCAGGCGGGGCAGAAAAUGGAACGGUUGAAGAGCUAUUCCAAAGACACCCACACCGCGUGGGAAUGGAUCAAGGCGAAUCGCGACAAAUUCACAGGCCCGGUCUACGGACCGGCUCUGCUCGAAUGCUCCGUGAAAGAUCAGAAACACGCCGACUUGCUCGAAGCAAGUCUGCAGAAGAUGGAUAUCCUCGGGAUUACGUGCACGAACGUCAAUGAUUUCAAAACGUUGCAGCAACACUUGUUUAGCAGAGAGCUUGCUCUCACUGAUGUUGUCAUUCGUACGGCGAAGCAGGAGAUGAACUACUGGCGAUCUCCCUGUUCCGCGGACCAGCUUAGGAGCUUGGGACUAGAAGGGUAUCUUAUCGAUCUGCUCGAAGGCCCCGAGGCCGUGCUGUCCGGAUUGUGCGACAGUUCCAAGCUGCACAAGACAUGCUACUCCAUGCGCGAUCUGAGCGAGCAGGAGUUCGAGCGCUUACAGACCAACCGAGACGUAAGCUCUUGGGUCACUCCCAGACAAUCUGUUCAGGUCAUCCGUCGCGCAGAGUAUGGCCCCAGUGCAGUAUCAACUUCCACCCGACCGGUGCGUCCAGCUCGGUUUUGGACAGACAAGGUCGAUCUCAGUGCCGAGCAAGAAAUCAAUCGACAGCUCCGGGAGGUUGCUGCGGAGGUUGCGGAGUAUACGGAACAGCAUCGUCUAAAGAAGGGGGAGCUGGAUGGCCUUGCAGCUGAGCAGCAAAAUCUGCACAAAGACAUUCAAAACAUACAGAAAGACAAAGACCGGGCGCAACGACAAUACGGAGAAUGGCAGGCUUUGCCGAAUAAAAUCGCGAAUGUCGAGGACAAGAUCAAAGACCUCAAGACGCGGGCAGACGAUGUCAUGCAAACUGUGCACGAGAACAACAGGAAGUAUAACUCCUUGGUUCUGCAGAAAGGAGAGAGCGCUUUGGAAUACGCCCAUCAAGUUGCUUCUCUCCGAAAUUUGCACCAGAAACUGGUUGAAGUACAAAUUUGGCAGAUCGAGGCGGAAUCUGACCUCGAGGUUCUUAAAGAGAGAAAUCGCUCGAUUAACCAGCAAUUGAAGGAUGCCGAUGCCCAGCUCACGAUUCUGCAGAGAGAAAGUGAAGCCAUCAAAAAAGAGGCUCAUGCCCUUUCGAAUCAAUAUCAGCAAAUCCACGAUAGCUUGACGGACGACGAAAGGGAGCUAUUCGAGGAGAUGUCCGGUGCGGGUUUGACGAUGGAGCAGCUCGAUGUCGACAUCGAAGGGCUGAAGACGCGGAUCGAACUGAUCGGCGAGCGGAAUCCGGGCAUCAUCAAACAGUUCGAGAAACGGGAGCAAGAUAUCCGGAACCUGGAGCACAAGCUUGAGACGUGGGAGAGGCAGCUGGAAGAGUCGGAGACGAAGAUUACGGAAAUCCGGCAGAAGUGGGAGCCCGAAUUGGAUACCCUAAUUGCGAAGAUCAACGAUGCAUAUGCCCAUAACUUCGAGCGCAUCGGCUGCGCUGGGCAGGUCUCCGUCUACAAGGACGAGGAUUUCUCAAAGUGGGAGAUUCGGAUUUAUGUGAAGUUCAGGGAACACGAGGAACUUUCUCUUCUUGACAGUCAUAGACAGUCCGGUGGAGAGCGCUCAGUGUCGACAAUCUUCUACUUAAUGGCGCUACAAACCCUGGCCCGGUCUCCUUUCCGUGUGGUUGAUGAAAUCAAUCAAGGCAUGGACCCCCGCAACGAACGAACGGUUCACGAGCGAAUGGUCGAUAUCGCCUGCGCGGAGCACACCAGCCAGUACUUCCUGAUCACGCCGAAACUGUUGACGGGUCUGAAGUAUCAUCCGAGGAUGAAAUUACACGUCAUCAAUAGCGGUGAAUACGUUCCUGGGGACCUUCAUGACCUGAACUUCAAGAACUGUGUGGAAAAGGCCUUGACCUUAAAAGGUCUCGCGUAAUCCCAGCGUAUUGAUAGGUCCGCUAUGGGCAGUAUCUUGUUACGGAUUUUAUGUUUAACCAUGCAAAACGACCCCCCAUACCAAUAGAAUACGCUAUUCUCUUCACUUGCCGCCGUUCACGGUUAUGGCAGCUCAAUGUACGUACUCAGUGAAGUUCACAUCCACCUGCAUCUGGACUCUAAAAGAACAAAUCGCUCAUUGUAAACUCCUCUCCAGGAUCA